AACGAAUAUCAAAUAGUAGGGUUUGGCAAUAAUAAAAGAGUGAUCUUCAAUUUUAUUUUCUGCAGAGAAUUUCUCGAUAAAUCUCAAUGAUAUUGAAAAUAAUAAGUUAAAAAGUCACGAAAGUGGAAACAAACAUAUCUCAAAGUUAGGAUCUUCCGUGGAUAACAUGAAUUUAGAUUUCAACAGCUAGUCCUACAAUAGCUACACGCAAAGCACGAGCGAAGUGAAAACGACGCUAGUCGUCGAAGUGAUCAUUCAACGAUAUCUUAACUUCGUGUGAAAAAUGACUAAUCGAUUUCUCAUGGGAGAUGGCAUGUUAAAUGAGACUUAACAGGAAAGUUCUCCGAUUGUACGGUUAUAAUUUAUUUUCAUCGCCUGCUAAAGAAUUCUCUUUUCUUAAUUCGUCACGCACGAAGUGUCAGGACUGAAUCUUUACGCUUGAAAGAGGACAAUAAGAUCUCAUUUUAUAUGAAAGUAAAUUUAUCACGGAAUGUCUUAGCUCAACAGACAAUGAUAACAUUUUACGUUUUCAAGAUACUUCCACGGAUACCAAUAUUGUAAUCACUUUUUUGAAUAUUUUUGUGGAUCUUCUAAUCUUUCAAUAUCUAUCGAUAUCAUUUUUUCAAUGGAGGAAUCACGAACAACGAAAGCAAACGAGCACGCACUCACUAUAUCCGAUCCGGUAUCUGAUACUGGCACAAGUACGACACCGACAUCAACAUCAGCAUCAUUUUCAAGCAAACAGCAAUAUGAUGCGAUUCCAAAGAAGUCGACUUAUUUGAGAGACAAAGAAAGGAUCAUUUAUCCAAGAAACACGAGGACCUUGCCGAAAAUAGUUGUAGCUGGUGGAACGCCAAUAGACGAGGAAACUUGUAUGAUGUUGAGAACAUUGGUAUUUGGUAGCUGUGCUUGUCCACCGAAGGCAGAAUGGGCUAGAACUGGUUUGACGUUAAGACCGUAUGGUCAGAAUUUAGCUUUUGGAUUAAGAGCACCCAGGAACACAACUAGAGGUCUUAUUACGGCCGUUCAAGCGAUCAUGUUGAAGAAUUUUUUAUUCAAGUGUAACAUACAGGAUGGUCGUAUCGGUCCCGAUAUCUUGCUGAAGCCUUCAUAUGAUAGACAAGUGGAAGUCCUAUGCCUGGCGAUAUCUGAAAUAAUUUGGCGUUGCGCCGGUGGCUUCGUUGCACACAAUCAGAACAGCAGUUGCAUUGCGAGUAGCAACCUCGAUACAAAAAGUGUCAGCGUGCCAAAGGCGAUAGUGGCAUUACCACAAAAGAUACCCUAUCUGCAACAUAGCGUGCAGUAUUUUCAGGAUGGUUUGACGGAGACGUUGCAUCUAUUCGAGUUCAUCUCAAUAGAAGAUCUCCAAAUAUUCAUCAAAAGGUACUUAUACUUGUUUCAGGAUGAAGGAGGACCAGGAGCAAAGUUGUUGCUUUACAGUGCCGUUUUAUCCAGAGGUCUAGUGAAAGUUCAAAGCGACCUGGAAGAUCAGAAAGCUUCUAUACUAGGCGGAUGUCCUGAGGAGGGACCGAUCAGUGUUGUGGUCUUUAUGUUGACUGGGCGUGCGUCUCCUCAUCUUCAUAACGGAGUUAUUCAUAUUGGAGAUGAGAAUACAUAUGCUGUCCCACAAUGGGGUAUUCUCGUGAGAAGCGAAGUAGGUCUUUUAGUCCACGAGGGUGACGGUCAAACGAACAAGGUACCUGGUUCGCGACUGAAAACUCCCAGCUUACCGAUAUGGGUUACAUUAUGUCAUGGUCAUCAUGGUGUUCUCUUUAAUACGAACAAAGAAUUGCUAAGGAAUUAUCAUGCUGAAAGACGAUUCGAGGUGCAAUAUUUCGCUUGUGGUGGAAGCCACGCCACAUUGACCGUGGAUACGAGGGCGAACGAGAGCGCAUCGGGUGUAGAAUCCACCAGCAAGGAAUCCGUCGACAUUGCUGCUACACCAUUGGAAAAACUUAUUCGUUCCAAAUGGCAGGAUGCACAAAUACAAUGGAACGGAGCACCAUUGAUGUAACAUCAUCAUUCAUAAGAAUGAAGUUAGUCUUGGUUUGAUUUUGAAGAAAGGAAAGUCGUUCGUUUCUUUUGGUAUGAGGACGAUGCACCGAAAUCGUUGAUUUGGAAACGUCGAUAUAUCGUGGGAUAGGAAAAAGCAAAUCGUUCCAUUCCGGGGAUGACAAUUCGCGUCCCUCGUCGCUGAACCGUCUCGAAUCAUCCAUCCGUGAAAUCGACAGUGUACCUCUUUCGCAUCGUGAGAAAUAACCAUUUUCAUCGUCAUUGCGAUUUGCAAUUCAUUGCAAACGUUUGAGAAGGAAUAUGCAUCGAUCGAUUGUAUACACGCUUCGAUGAAAUAUUUUUACGAAAGAGCGACAUCGAUGAUACUUUUGUAGGUUUUUGGAAAACGAAACGACAACAUGGGAUCUAUUUCGUGACGCCAAAAUUGAGAUGUGAUAGAUGGAAAUUAUAAGAGAAGAAGAAAUCGUUCAAUUUUUCGCGGUAAAUUUAUUUUGUUAGAUCAUAUACUCAAUUACGAGAAGAGAAUAAUAAUGAUGACGUAGCGUUACAUUAGAAUAGCAUAACAAGUAUUACACUAAUUUCAGAGUUGUAAGAUUCAACGAAAUACGUCAUUAGGUAGUUUAUUUUACAACAGAUUACCUGUGAAUGUAAUGAUAGUCGGUAUUAUAACGAUACUAUUAUACUCUAUUAGUAUAUAAAUGUAGCGUGUAGUAUGUAAUAACAUAUUGUAACAUAGUAUUACCAACUGUAUUUAAUAGCGAUUUACGUGUAUUACCGUCGUAAUUGAUUUGAAAAUAAUAUAUUCUAAAA